AUGGCAGAAUCAAGUGAAGCCAAGAUUGUAAAACAGGGGAUCAGUGCCGAACUUUCCGGCACACUCAAUCUUAGUCAAGUUCAUAAAAACCUUGAGCACAGCAUCGAAAAGAGGAGGCAUUGUUCCGCUUUCGCCGUUCGCCCCUUUCUUGGAGAGCAGAAUGUGAAAGGUUCGUUAUUACCAAGAAUUAGGCGGAGGGAAGAACGGCCCAUCACUCUUGGCAUAUCAUUGAAAAAGUAA